AUGAAUUCUCCAAGCAAAGAAAAUGAAAAACCCACUUCGAGUGGCACGGGGGUGCAAGACGACGCUGGUGUUUGUGAAGGCGAAAGCGCGUCUUCGGAGGCGCCGCGGCCGCCCGCCAAGCGGCCGCUCUCGACGGCUGUAAUCGAAAUAUCAGACACGGAUAGUGACGACUCCGAUGUAUGCGCUGUUAAUUCUUACCAGGCUUCUGCUGACGAAGUGAAGAGGAUCCGUGGCGAGUCUCCAUGGGAAGAUGAUUCAAUAGUUGUGGAUGACAAUAAAGUAGAAAUUAAACCAAUCGUAGCACAACUGAAUCCCAGAGCGAAUCGCAUGGAUGAUCCCAAACUGAAUCCAGCAAUCAAGGUACAAGAAACUAAAGACAGUUUAGCGGCAAAUUGGAAAGAUUUCAAAGAUUUCACAAACAAUGAGAUUACAUUGACAUGUGACCCGUUCCGUGUUUGCCUACUGAAUAACUUUCUAGCCAACCCUGAGAUCAUUAAUAACAUAGUUGAUGACAUGAACACCUUAGACUGGGAACGCAAGAAGAUGGAUCUGUAUCAGUUUCACCAAACUACAGAUUUGGCUAAUCUUACAUGGCAACGUAGCAUUAGAGGAAUAUAUGAACUUUUAAAGACUGAAGUUAUGAGCUGGGUCUCAGAGGUGACCGGCAUAGAGCUGACAUCAGUGUCGGCGUCAUGUUCCCUGUAUGGUCCAGGCGACCACCUGCUGGUGCACGAUGACCUGUUGGCGGAUCGUCGCGUUGCCUUCAUCUUGUAUUUGGCACCCUGGGCGAUUAGCCCUCCCGCUGGAACUGCUGGCAUAGAGAACGGCAGUGGCGACAACCAUAAACAGGAGUGCGGGUGGGGCGCGCACAUGGGCGGGGCGCUGGAGUUGCUCGCGCGCGGGGAGGCGGGGCCCACGCACGUGGCGCGCCGCCUACUGCCCGCCAACAACAGGCUCGCCUUCUUCAAGGUCCACACCGACUCGUACCACCAGGUGGAGGAGGUGUUGUCGCUGGAGCUGCCUCGGCUGUCGAUCAACGGUUGGUUCCACGGACCCGCGCCCCCCACGCCCCCGCCGCAGCCUCCGCCCCCACCCGUAUAUAUCUCACCGCAUAACAAUCCAGUAAGAUCAUACUUUCUAUAUUAA